AGCAGAGAAUCCAUCACACUGCCUUCUCCUGCUACUCAAGCUCUUCACAUCCAACACCAUGUGCUUCAACGACUUCCCUGGCGCUGCCUUCCCUGGGUGCCACUGGGGCAGCUACGGUUACCCUCUGGGGUACAGCGUUGGCUGUGGCUAUGGUAGCACUUAUUCCCCCGUGGGCUACGGCAUGGGCUAUGGCUACAAUGGCACUGGGGCUUUUGGCUACAGGCGCUACUGGCCAUUUGCCCUCUACUGAUUUCCUGAAGUCCCCGAGGCAUGGCAUCUUCUCUCCUCCUAAGGCCAGUAGUACCUCUCCAGCUUCCUGCUCCACCUACCUCUGCUCAUUUGAUCAUCGACCUCCAAGUGGCUGCUUUUCAGACCUGGCAUCAGAACCCCAAAGAGGAAACUGAAAAACCAGAUGAUGCCUCGAGAUGACUUCUUCAGAUAAUAUGUGUUGGGACAAUUUCAAAAACUUGACAACCAGCUCGCAAGAAUUACUUUUGAGAUACAAUCAUCCCUCUUUGAAAGAGAUGUGGAUGCGUCUCUCAAAUUCUCAAUAAAUUUGUCUCAGCUUGCAUAAUA